GGUGUCUUCACGUGUAGAACCCAGAAGGCUAAAUAAUGAAGCUUUGGUUGACGGUAACCUGCAUUCUGGGAUGCCUUGGAGGGGGCUUCACACUAUACUCGGCCAUUUCGGUAGGAUCGAGCGGCCUGGCAACGAUGAGCACUGCGUUGCAACAAAUUUCCCCUGCUCUUACGGCUUAUAGCACCGCUUUAAACACCGCGCGUACCUCAGUUUAUGUUAUCCUUAACGAUUUGAUGGGAUACAUGAAUAUUACAUACACGGCUAUAAACAAGACUUGGGCUGUGAAUCAGACUGAAUACUUACAAAAUGUUCUACAACAAAUUGGGUACUUCAAUCAAUCUAUUGGUUAUGGUGAUCAAUCUGUUAGUUCUCAAGUCAUUCAGAAUCUGUAUUCGAUGAAUUACGGUUUGCAGAGUAAUAUUGAUAAUAUGAUGAGCUACUACAACAGUCUGGUGUCCCAGAUGUAUUCCACUACUGCAGAAAACUGCACCUUGCGUAAUGCCACCCAAAUGGCUAAUGUGCCCGUUUCGUUGGCCAAAUAUGCCACGUGCCUUCAGCUGGAUACUGCUGCGGUAACUCAGUACUUGCCUUCCGUUUUGAACAUGUUUGCUUAUUCCAAGACCGAGCUGAUUUCACAAAUUGCCCAGCUGAAAAAUUGCAGCUCCUACUCUGCAACUUGCCAGAAUGCCUAUUUCCAGCAAAUAUAUUCGGAAGUGAGCAAUACGCUAAGUUCGCUAUCGAGUGCGCACGCGUUCUUGAGUGGGGCAUUCUAUGAAGCUGGACAACGUGAUCAAUUCUGCGGCCAGUUAAUUGAAGCCGACAUUCAGGACAGUAUCCAGAACUUAACCAAUGCAUUUUCGCUGUGUAGCUGGCCUCCGUCAAAUUAGAAGGGAAUUUGCCAUCGUUCUAUGGACUACUAAAAUAUUAUGUAUCAUCUACUAUAGUUUCUGUCUGCUAGUCAAUAAAUGUGUUCUACAUGGGA